UAUAAAAGUCCCCCUCUCUGUUUCUCGAUCAAUCCUACCCAUAUAAUCUCUUCUCUCUGCCUAUAAAUUACCAAAUCGAAUCGAACCCAGAAAGCCAAAUUACAACAUUAUAGUUCCCAGUUUCCAUUCUUUAUCUCUUUUGCUCUGCCUCUUGAAUUCUCAUAUAAUCGAUCGAUAUGGAGCUUGUUCUGGGUCAAUCUAUGGCGGAUGUGCUGACAAAAGUUGGGCUAUUCGUGAUUGUGCAAGCUUUGGUCUACCUCGUGCUAACCACUUCGUCCACCGUCUUCUCCAAGAACGUCAAGCGCUCUUUCAGCUUCAAGCCGGCACGUUCGGUGAGCAUCCGCCGGAUGUUUGCCGCCAUCUCCGAUGCUCCGGUCGGCGAGCCUUCUCCGAGGACGACGAGCUCUGCUUCUUAUGGGCAGCAGCAGCUUGAUCCAAUCUUUGGUGACGUUGGAUAUGCUAAUUAUUAGUUUGAUUAUCAGAUGUGCUUCUCCAUCUUUUUAAUGUAAAAAUGAUUGAAGGACAAGGUUUCAUGAUUUGUUUAUUGUUUUAUAUGGUGGGAUAGGACUAUUGGGUCGUAGGAGGGAGGGAGGAUUGGAGUUUGUAAUUAGUUGGAUUCAUUGAGGAAUUAAAGUUACAUUCUUUGUAAAAUUAUGGAGAAAUGAGAUAUAAUCAUAUUUACAUUUGUUAAUUCUUUAUUAGCUUGUUAAUGACUUUUCCCUUUUGUUGGAAAAUUGGGAGUUGAUUGGUUUUAUUAUUGCAACAAGUUGGUAGAUAUUACAUUCUUAUCUUACUUUCUUUCAACGUUUAAUCUUUAUAUAUAUAUAUAUAUAUAUAUAUAUAUAUAUGCGCGCUAAUUUGUUGAAAUUUUGUAUAACAUAGGUUACUUGUGGGGUAAAUGUAUACAUAAUACUCAAAUCGUUAAUGACUAGUAUACUAUAAUACAUUAUUGGUGGGGCCUUCCUAAAAAAUUCAAUUGAUUAACACUUUAUUCCCGUGUGCAUCAUUUUACUUAGUUUUGUAUAGAUAUAAUAUGGUUCAAAAAGACACGCUUAAUCUUACGCUUAGACACGCCUAGGCGCAAGGCAAUGGCAAAACACCUCGCCUAGGAGUUUCACGCCUAAUUAGAUACCGGAACACGUCAUGGAGUAAGGCGACAUAUAAGUCUCUCCUGAACAUUACUAGAUGGAGCUAGUAAGUCAAUAUUAAAUACCAAAAUUAACAUCAAUUACGAAAUCAAUUUUCUAUUGCAAUAUUUUCAAUAGCUCAAGAACUUUGUGAGCUAUUGAGCUAUGAUUCUAUGAAUUCGUGAGCUAUGUUGUUGUCAUUAGGUGUUGAGUAAGUUAUUAAUCAUUUUAACUUAAGUGAGGAAGUGUUGUAGAUAAUUAUUUCACUCAUCAUGCAGUGUGAAUAGCUAUUUUUCUUCCAACGCCUAGGCACACUUAGUCUACGCCUAGGCGAGCUAGGCACAAGACAAAACCUCAACGCCUGCCUUACGCCUAGCACCUUUUUGAACCUUCGAUAUAAUAGAACUAUUAAUCUCAU